AUGUCCCAAGAGUCUCAAGUUUUCCAGAGAAUCAUCUCCGAGAAGGCUCCAAUCCUAGCAAAGGCAGAUGGGAUGUAUAUAACUGUUCAAGAUCCUAACACCGGUAAAGAACAAGUUAUUAUCGACUCGAUGACCGGUGCAGCCGUAGGUUCCUUGGGCCACCAAGAUCCAGACAUUGUCGAGGCUAUGUGCCAGGCCGCAAAGACUUCAAAUUACGCCUUUGGUUACUACAUGGGUAAUCGUGCUUCCGAAGAGCUAUCGAGUUUCAUCAUCGACCAUUCUCCUGAAGGCCAUUUCAGCUCAUGCUUAUGGGUCGGCUCUGGAUCGGAAGCCAAUGAAAAUGCUAUGAAGAUUGUCAAGCAAUACCACCUCGAGAGAAAAGACCCAAAGAGAUUCAGAUUCAUCUCAAGAUUCAACUCCUACCACGGUUUCACAAUCGGUGCAUUGUCCAUCGGUGACGGAAUCAGAAAAGUCGACUUCAAGGACAUCCUCUUAUCUGACGAACAAACUCCAAAGGUGUCUGCAUGUUACCCUUACAGAGGCAUUAAGGAAGGCAUGACUGAGGAAGAUUACACCAACCAGUUAUUGGAGGAGCUAGAGCAAAAGUUCAUCGAAUGCGACCCAUCAACUGUUGCUGCUGUUUUCUUUGAAACAGUUGGUGGUUCAAGUUUUGGUACAGUCCCACCACCAAAGGGCUACCUGGACGGUGCCAAGGCUAUCUGUGAGAAAUACGGUGCUUUGUUCUGUCUUGACGAGGUCAUGGUUGGCUUAGGUAGAAACGGUAAGUACCAUUGUUACGAAUCUUUCAUGGAGCCGGGCAGUGGUCCAGAUAUCAUGACUGUUGGUAAGACCAUUGGUUCAGGUUAUGUCACUUUGGCUGGUGUCCUUAUUUCGCCAAAGGUGAAAGACGCCAUUGUGGCUGGCUCAAACAAGGCCAAUGGCGCACAAACCUACCACUGUCACGAGUUCAACUGUAAAGUUGGUUUGGCUGUCCAGCAAAAGCUUUUCAAGGAAAACUUGCCAAGCAAGGGUGGUGAAGUCGGCAAGUACAUGAUGCAACAGCUGGCAGCAAAAACCAAAAACUCCAAGGUUGUUGGUGACAUCAGAGGUUUGCCGUUAUUUUUCUCCAUUGAAUUCUGCGACCCAAAGACCAAAGAACAUCUAGAGCCUCUCUACGGAUUUGCCUACAAGGUCCAGGAGAAAUGUAUCAAAAACGGCAUGACCGCCAUGGCAUUCCAAGGAACCGUAGGGUCUACCACAGACGCGGAAGGAAACAUUAUUCCCUUGGGGGAUCACAUAAGUUUAGCACCAGCUUACAUCAUUACCAAAAAGGAAGCCGAUUUUAUUGUCGACGCCCUUGUCAAAUCAAUUGCAGAAGCAGAAGAGGAUUACUUUGCUUCUUUUAAAUAG